CACAAGCAAAGCAAAUGAACAAUAUUUGUUUCUUUCUUUCUUACAAUGACUAUAUAUGGUUUCUUUUCUUGUAUGCAUCUUACAUAUUGCUGCGUCAAGUCGUGGCGACGGCUGCGCUUCUUCUUGCCACCGCCGCCGCCGCAGCUGAGGCUCCGGACCAGCAGAAUGCAGGAGGCUUUAACGGCUGAUUUCUUGAUCGCCGUCGCGGUUCCUGGAUCGACGAACAUGGGCUUGGACAUGGACUCUCUUGGACUGCUUGCGCUUCGGUCUGAACAUGUUGAAGAAGGGGUACUUAGGGUUGCAUGAAAGCUUG